AUGUCGCUCACCGCAGCAGCACUUUUACACAACAGUUGCGAUGACGUGAGCCUCAGAUCGAGGAGCCCAUCGCCGGCAUCUGUUGCCACGGCCACCACGAGCAGCGGUCGUGAGGGAGGAAGUAUGCCGCCGUCAUCGAAUAAUAUUCAGCAGCAACAACAACAACAACAACACCACCACCAAAUAUCGCACACCAUUCAAUCAUCCGGCUCCAAAAGCAAUGGCGAGACAGUGGGGUAUGGGACCUCGGCAGGCGUUGAUACGGACCAUGAGGCCGAGGCAAAGAAGCCGCGGGCUUGCGACAGGUGUAGAGGUCUCAAGGUUCGCUGCAUAAUGGAGGGCGACGGUGAUGAGGCUGGGGGAGGCAACUGUCAGCGAUGUACCAAGGCCGGUCGGAGGUGCGUAGUGACGCAGCCAACCAAGAAGCGACAGAAGAAGACGGACAGUCGCGUGGCAGAGCUGGAGAAGAGGAUCGACGCGCUCACGGCUUCGCUACAUGACAGCAGGCGCGGAAGUGGCGUCGGUGAAGGGGACGGUGGUGGGUUGGAGGAUGCUAGCUCGCCGGAUAGGGGAGACGACCACGAUGAGCCACCUCCGGCCGUGAUAGCCAGUGCCACAAGUACUGUAGCUGCAGCGGCAACAGAAACUUUAAGCCGGCAGCGCCGGCCAAUACUGACGGGCGGGAUACCCAACCUCAACACCGACAGCUCCUCUCACAUGAAUGCCUGCGGGAUUGUGUUUGAGCGUGCGGCUGGGCCAGGAGUUGGCUACUCUGGUGCAGGCGGCCAGAAGAGAAAGUUUGGAGACGAAGAUGGAUUGGGGUCACUACCGCCUCAGCCGCCACGGCAAACCAUGGGCCCGGGAUAUGAGGACGUGGUCACGAGAGCCAUCGUUACAGAGGAUAUGGCAGCACAGUUGUUUGCACGCUACACAGAUCACAUGUGUCCACAUCUUCCAGGCGUCAUAUUCCCCCCGGAUAUGACGUGGAAUCGGAUCAGGUUCGAGAAGCCCCUCCUCUUUCUGGCCGUCAUGGCAGCAAGCUCUUCGGAGACGCCGUCACUGCAGCGAGUACUGGUGCGGGAGAUGAUGCAGAUAUUCGCCGAGAAGAUAGUCAUCAUUGGUGAGAAGAGCAUCGAGCUCGUGCAGGCGCUUCACAUUGCUGUAUUUUGGUACUGGCCACCCGAGCACUUUGAGGAGCUCAAGUUUUACCAGCUGGUCCACAUGGCCGCCGUCUUGGCCAUCGACCUGGGUCUUGGGAGGAGAAGGCCGACUGUACGGGGGAGGCAUAUCCCUUGGUCACUGCGUGAAAGUAGCGGUGCGGGGCCACCGGCUCCAGGAAUAGGGGGCAGCGGCAGCGGCAGCGGCAGUAAUGAUGAUGCUCCUGCGACAAAAAGGAACAGCGCCAAGAGGCAUCCGCCUCCAGACCCUUGCAGUCUAGAAUCUCGCCGUACGUGGCUAACCUGCUACUAUCUGGCCUCCAACACCUCAAUGACAUUACAUAGGCCCAACCUGGUGCGCUGGACGCCCUUCAUGGCAGAGUGUCUCGAGGUGCUCCAGACAUCACCCGAUGCAGCACCAACAGAUCCUUACUUUUGCCAUCUUGUAUGGACCCACAAACUGUCCGAGGAGAUCGGGGUCGAGUUCGCCAUGGACGACCCAGGCGCCGUCGUCGAUAUUACAGACAGACGCACACAGCAUGCAAUCAAGAGCUUCGAGCGGCAACACCAGAAGUAUCAGGACGGUAUUCCGACGGACCUAAUGAGACCUUCUCUCAAGCUGGGAUUUCACGUCGUGAGCCUGUACAUGCACGAGAUUGCGCUCCGUAUCGAGGAAGACGCCGGCGGAGGAUGUGUAGGCGACGAUGCAACACUGACUCCGGCGCACGUCAGCUCGCUGUCGGCGUGUCUAGCCGCCGUCGACGGUAUUUUCGAUACCUUCUCGUCCAUGACACCAGAGGACGUGUGCUGCCUACCCGUCUUUAACUUUGUUCGUGUUGCGUACGCCACCGUGCUGCUGAUCAAAAUGUACUUUGCCGUCUCGGCUCCUGGUUCUGAACUCGGCAAGGUCAUUGACAAAGAGGAAAUACGUGUCGAAGCGCACCUUGCUCAGCUCCUAGACAAGUUUCGCUUGGCGGCGGCAGGGAACCGAUCAAGGCCGGCUGCCAAGUUUCAUAUAGUGAUUGCGAUGCUGAGGUCGUGGUUCCAGAAACAAGCUGGUGAGGGUGGUGCGAGUGAUGCGCAGGAAGCUCCCACGUCCACGCAAAGGUGGCAAGAACAGGGUGCAGGAGCCGAGUGCAGGAACCGCAAGUGCCCGCCGUCACAAGCAAGCUACAGCGCCGACAUUCCUUUUCAAACACCCUCUGAAAUUACCCAAGUUGAUGAGGUCGACACCAACACAGGUGUUGCGGCCGGCCAGUCAGGAGUCUCUAUGGCAGGACGAGAAGCAACAGCAGCCGGAGUCCCCUGGUACGUCUCACAAAACACCACCCCACAAUCAAUCAUCUACGAAGCCUCCGGCUCCGACGAUCCAGUUCCGCCUUUGACGCAUACAUCUCCGUCGGAACCAUCUCCCGUCCCCGUCCAUAUACGGCAACGACAAUAUCCACAAAUCCCACCCCAGUCCUUCCCACAGCACCAGUGGAUGGACAUGGAGUUUGAACCAGCCACCUUUGGCGACGGCGUGGUUCAGGCCAUGGACCCCAGCUAUAGUGGGGCCGGUAGCGGAAAUAGGGGCGGCGGAUUCGUCCUGCCCGGCAUGAUGGCAGCGACUGCCGCCUCACAGAACGGUGGUGGUGGUGGUAGUAGUGGGAUGAUGUUUUCAAUACCGCCGCUGUCCGGGACAGGGGCUACGGGGGAAUCGCCCUUUGCCGCGUCCGAGUCCUGGUACGGCGGCAUCUUGGACUCGGCGGGCAUGGGUAACAUGUAUUACUUGUAA